GUCCGAACCCUAGUGUCCUCCACACGCCGUCGCCAUGGCCGCCGUCCGCGCCGCCCUCCGCCUGCAGCGCCAGUGCCUCGCCGCCAACCCCUUUCUCUUCUCCGGGCAUGGCCUCCGCUACCGCAAGCUUGAGGUCAUCCUCACCACGACUAUUGAUAAGCUGGGGAAAGCAGGCGAGGUGGUCAAGGUGGCGCCUGGCCACUUCCGCAACCACCUUAUGCCCAAGAUGCUCGCAGUCCCGAACCUGGACAAAUUCGCCAUACUCAUCCGAGAGCAGCGCAAGCUCUAUCAACGCGAAGAGGAGGUCGCGGUGAAACAAGUCACGGAGAAAGAUGAUGAUGCACGGCUACAGGAAGAAAGAAUGAAGCAGUACCAAACGGCAGCGAAGCGGCUAGAUAACGCACUCUUGGUGUUGAGGAGGUUCAUCUCGACUGGAAACGAGCUGCGUACUCCUGUAACAAAAGACGAAAUUGUUUCCGAGGUGGCGAGGCAGCUCAACAUCAACAUCCAUCCGGAGAACCUGCAUCUGCACUCACCUUUGGCGUCGCUCGGCGAAUUUGAGUUGCCCCUCCGGUUACCGCAGAACAUACCGUGCCCAGAAGGUAAGCUCCAGUGGACUCUGAAGGUGAAGAUCAGGAGAAAAUGAGCGCAGGAACUGGGGAAGUUUCUUUUGUCCCCCCACAAUCUGGUGUAUGGUACCAAACCAUUGUUAUGCAAAGUUUCCUUUGCAUAACCCGGUCCCAGUUUAGCUCCGAAACAUUUUUUUUCUGAUGUAUAAUAAAAGAGUAAGGUUGCAGAAAGAUUGAAUAGCUUCUACAUCCUUCAGUUCCCUUCUUUGC